AUGGUUACGGCAUGGUUCGCUUGCUUUGUACCUGAGGUCCUUCGCAGGCGGUUCGACUCCCACCAGCGGCCUAUUGAGCUCUCGACCCAGGUCGCCACACAUUCUGCACUGUUCAGAGGUCUGAAUCGCCCUCCUUCCAUUGUGUGGCGAGGUUGCUUCCCUCACCGCAGGAGGCGCGUCCACCUGCAAUUCUCGUCAACGUUCUUCACCGCCCCGUUGCGAGGCGCGCGGGAGAAGGGGGGGAAUAAGGGUGUGUCUGAAAAGGAUAGGAGGGUGCGUACGAAGAAGGGGGUUGCGAAGGCUCGCGUAGGUGAAUUCAUUGAACGAAGUCGCCCCGGCUUACCACCGCCGAUGAGCUGCUGUGUGGCGCAGGAGGGGCUGCGAAAGUGUUGGGCGCGAACCGCUAAGUCGGCGGACGAGCAGAUGCUACCUGCCAAAGCGAGGGAUUAUUCUCAGCGCACGCAAAUCGGAGGUCUACCGGUGAAUGGUUGCUGA